AUGACUCCCAACGGCGAGGCCACGGUCGGGUCGUCCGAUGGGCCGCGACAGAAGAGCAGGGCCACGCCCGACACCCUGCGCGCCGGCUGCAUCGCCAUGGUCGAGAAGGAGGGCCAGGCCCGCCGCGCCGAGAUCCUCAGCGUCAAGGACACCAAGAGCGGCCGCCAGUUCUACUGCAACUUUGACAACUUCAACAAGCGGCUCGACGAGUGGGUCCCCGUCCGCCGCAUCGACUUCGAGCAGGAUGUCGAGUGGCCCAAUCCCGACAAGGACAAGGCCAAGGACGGCAAGAACAAGAAGGCCUCCACGGCGACGGGGGCCGGGCCCAAGAAGAGCGCCGUGUCCAAGAAGGCCCAGAAGCGCCCCUCCAAGCGCGAACAGAGCGUCACCUCCGAGGCCCUCACGCCGCACCCCUGGACCGACUUCGUCGAGUCCCAGUCCACCUCCAAGGCACCCUCGACGCCGCGCGAGCUCGAGCUCAAGGCCGGCGAGACCCCCGCCGCCGCCCUCGACGACAUGGACGUCGACGACGACGACGCCACCCCCGAGGUCAAGAAGGAGGACGACGGCUUCAGCAGGGAGGCCGAGAUCGAGAAGCUCCGCACCGGCGGCUCCAUGACCCAGAACCCGACCGAGCUCGCCCGCAUACGAAAUAUCUCCAAGGUCCAGUUCGGCAAGUUCGACCUCUUCCCCUGGUACUUCUCGCCCUACCCGGAAGCCUUCACCCAGGAGGACGUCAUAUACAUCUGCGAGUUCUGUCUCCUCUACUAUGGUGAUGAGAAGUCGUUCCACCGCCACAGGGCCAAGUGCACCCUGCAGCACCCCCCCGGCAACGAGAUCUACCGCGACGACUACGUCUCCUUCUUUGAGAUCGACGGCCGGAGGCAGCGCACGUGGUGUCGGAACCUGUGUCUGCUGUCCAAGAUGUUCCUGGACCACAAGACCCUGUACUACGACGUGGACCCCUUCCUCUUCUACGUCAUGACCCAGAAGACCGAGAAGGGCCAGCAUCUUGUCGGCUACUUCUCCAAGGAGAAGGAGAGCGCCGACGGCUACAACGUCGCCUGUAUCUUGACCUUGCCCCAGUACCAGAGAAAGGGCUUUGGCCGGCUGCUCAUCCAGUUCUCGUACGAGUUGUCCAAGGUCGAGGGCAAGCUGGGCUCCCCAGAGAAGCCGCUCUCGGAUCUUGGUCUGCUCAGUUACCGCCAGUAUUGGUCCGAGAACAUUCUAGAUCUCCUCUUGGACAACAACGAGCGCGAUGAUAGGGUCAGCAUCGAGUCGAUAUCGACGUCGCUGGCCAUGACCCCGCAGGAUGUCGAGCACACUCUGCAGGCGCUCAAGAUGCAGGUGUACCACAAGGGUGAACACAAGCUGGUCAUUCCACAGAAGAUGAUCAAUCAGAGGGAGAAGGCCAAAUUGAAGCAGAAGAGGUAUAUCGACCCGGACCGCAUUCAGUGGAAGCCCCCGGUGUUCACGGCCUCGUCCCGAACCUGGGGUUGUCUGUGUGUCAUUUUCUCCUCGCCCUCUCUCGUUCAUUCUCGCUUGGACCUGCGUGCAUACGAUGCCACCGGACGCGGAACGCCACAAUGGGACUCCGCACCGGCGCCGGAGCUUAUCGACAAGCUGCCUUGGGGCUUCUAUGGUGUGCAGGGUAUCUUGAGGAUCUUGGCUCCCAUUCGACAACCAAACGCCACACUGCAGCUGUUGGCUCAGCAGCACCUCCACCAAACCAUGGCUUCGGCUACGACAACCAGCAAGAGACCUCCCAUCAAUGCGUCCCAUUUGGACGCAUCUAGUUCCUCCCACAAACCUAUCAACUUGCUUCGCGGUUGGCCCGCACCCUCCCUGUUGCCCACAGCCGCCCUGCAGCAGGCUAGCGCUGCCGUACUGUCAGACCCCAGCAUCUACACGCCCGCCCUGCAGUAUGGUCCAGACCCUGGAUACCAGCCGCUGCGGGAGGAGCUCGCAUCGUGGUUCUCGCGCUUCUACGGAACAGACGAGGUAGCCGACAGGAUCGCCAUCACCGGCGGUGCCAGCCAGAGCAUCGCUGGUAUUCUGCAGAGCUUCACAGACCCCAGUUACACCCGGGCCAUAUGGAUGGUGGCGCCCUGCUAUUUCCUCGCAUGUCCCAUCUUCCGAGAUGCCGGAUUCGACGGUCGGUUGAGAGCCGUGCCGGAGGACGCCGAGGGUAUCAACCUCGAGUACCUGGAACGGGAGAUUGAGAAACUCGAGGAGGUGCGAGGCGAUAGCCGUGUAGGAAACCAGCCGCUGUACAAGGACCCGAAGCCCUAUAGGAAGAUUUACCGACACGUGAUAUACUGCGUGCCGUCUUUCUCGAACCCAUCAGGCAAGACCAUGAGCCUGCGGAGGAGACAAGCCUUGGUGCAGCUCGCCAGGAAGUGGGACGCGCUCGUCAUCGCCGACGAUGUCUACGACAUGCUACAGUGGCCCAUCGCGUCCUCGUCCGUCGAAGCGCCUCAUCCGUCAUCCCUCAGCAGGGCGCUGCUCCCUCGUCUUGUUGACAUCGACCUUCCGCUCGGCCCCAGUCCGCACGACGCGCCCGGCCAGCACUUCGGCCACGCCAUUAGCAACGGCAGCUUCAGUAAGCUGGUCGCUCCCGGCAUGCGCACCGGCUGGGUGGAUGCCACCCCUGACUUUGCCCUCGGGGUCUCGCAGACGGGAUCCUCGCGCUCCGGUAGCGCGCCCAGCCAAUUCAGCGCCUCGAUGCUGUACCAGCUGUUGCACAGUGGAGCCCUGGACCGGCAUAUCGAGGAGGCUCUGAAGCCGGCGUACCAGAGGCGGCAUGCGCGACUGAUGGAGGCCGUACAGAAGGUGUUGGUUCCCCUCGGCGCGCACGUCAGGGUGAGCAGUCUGGUGCAGCAGGGAGGGGACAAGGAGAAGGAAAAUGUUUUUGGGGGUUACUUCGUGUGGAUGAGUUUCCCGGGUGGGCCGCCAGCAAAGAUCAUUGCCGACAGGUGCCGAGCGGUGAAUCUGGCUAUCGGGUACGGCGCACAGUUUGAGGUGCAAGGCGAUGAGAGCAUCAAGUUUGACACAGACAUUCGACUUUGCUUCGCGUGGGAACCCGAAGACGAUCUCGUGGAGGCGAUCGAGAGGCUGGGAGAUGUCGUCCGGGAGCUGAAGGAUAACAAGUUCGACUCCAAAGACGCCGGAGCGGGAGAGGGGGAUUUGGACGCUUUAAAAUAG